AGUUCCUGCAAGAUGCAUAGAUGCCUAAUUAAAUUUCCGGUUUAUUUUGCCGCGCGGGAUUUCCAAUCGUUUCAAUUUUUUGUCAUCAACAAGAUAAAAAUCAACAUCAGUAUGAGUCAAUGUUUCGAUUCCGAUAGCAUUGAAUUUAGUGAUGAUGGAUCUAAAAGUGAAAACGAACAUUCUGAAAAACCCUCUACCUCAAAACAGGGACAGGAGUACGUCUCCAAACCAAAAAGGCGCCGGUUUACAUGUCCGCCACCCAUCUUUGAAUCUUCGGAUGAGGAAAAUGGUGCACGAGAGUGUCAGGACGCUGUAGCUACGGUAACACCAAGUGCAUCAACGCCAGGUUCUUCAACGCCAGUAGGAGAAAAAGGAAACACAGUCAACACUGAAAAAACCGACACACCUGUGCGUGGAGAGAGUAAAUCAUUAAGAAGUGUUCUUGACACACUUCUCAGACAACAAAAUGAAAUCCUUGAGAGGAUAAAAGUCCUGGAGAAUAAAGAGCAGGAAAAAGAGGCUUCCAGGGAGGAAAAAAUUCAUGUUCCCCCAAGUGUACGGAAUGCUGUUAGAGAUGGAUACAGCGAUGGGUUAAAGAGAGGUUUCAUCUGGAAUUUUGAGAAGAAAAGACCACAAGAUGAUGAAAACCAGGAGAUGUCCUCACACAUAUCCACUUUUGUCAAAGGAUGGAAUACCACAGUAGAAGAGAGGAUAAUUCAAUGUGGUCUGCGAAGAUAUUUCCUGUCCAAAAAACAGGAAGAUGUUUUAUCUAAGAAGAACAAGCUGCAAGAUCAGAAGCAGAAGAGAGUCCUGUAUGAGAGGAAGAAGGAGAAAGCAAAGCGCAGGACUCGGGCCCUAGAACAUCUGAAAAACAAGGGUUGGCAAACUGAGCAGAGGAGGGCCCAAAUAAUGAAAAUAUUGAAGGUGGAAUACACCUCCAGUGAUGAGGAGUGUGAGGAGGGGUUUGUUACUCAUCCCCCAUCUUGGCAGAGUGACACCUUUGCCAAGGUCAAGAGUACCUUGGACAAGGUAUAUCUUGAGACCUGCUCUGUGAAGAGCAAACGCUUACUUCAAAAGAGACGUAUUGGAGGUAGUCACGUUAAGGAGCCCCCUACUAUUCCAGAGGAGUGUUUGUGGAUGCUAAAAAAAGAUUAAAGAAGAAAAUUAGAAAAUAAGAAAAGCAUAUCAUUCUGUUUAUUUCUUUUGGCAUUUUUGAAUGAAAAAUCCAUCCUAAUACAUGACUACCUCCACUACUCUUUUACAUUAUUCUGCGGUUAAAGAAACCUUACAUGUAUGUAUACACAUCAUUUAUUUACUCAAUGUACAUUUUUAAACUGAAUAUUUACUACAUGUAUAAUGUAAAAGAAUUUUUCCUACUUUUUUUAUUUUUUAACCAUUUAAAUAAUUUUUCACAAAAUCUUCGUCCUUUUGUUAAUUUGGUUUAAUUAACAAGAUCUUUAUUUAUUACAGAUGAUUAUGUAAAUAAUUAUAGUAAAACUUGGUUAUAACAAGGUCAAUGGGUCACAGUAGCUGUAAAAUUAAACAUCAAAAUUUACGAAGUCAAUUGCUACAAUUGAAUGAAUAUAAUAUAGGGCGAAAUCAACUUUUUAUACAUACAGUCUGGAUUAUUGAAAUUUGCUUGAUUUUUUAGGCAGUAAAUGUAACUCAAUAUUAAAUAUGCCUUGUAUAGCAGCAUCAUUAAUUUAGAGAUCUGAUUAGGACAAAGGCAUCAACAUAUAUACUUAAUGUAUAUAUGUAUUAGUUUUAGUUACGGUAUUCCUUCAAAGUCCCACACUUGAUAGUUCAAUGCUGUAUUUUAUUUUUUUUUUUAUUAUUAUUAUUUUGUUUCUCUGUUUUAUUUGUUUAUUUGUAUAAAAAUUUAAAAUGAGAUUGUUAUUUGAUACUUAACUUUAUAUGUAUCCUUAAUCAAGCUGAUGGAUCACAGUACUUUUAUUAUACCAUUAAACUGAUAAAAAAUGUGGCCAAAUGUUUUUAUUUUAUGUUUUUACAUGGGAAAGGAUAUUUAAGAGCAUUGAUCCCUUGCUUUUGAAUGCCAUGUUAAAGUGGAGAUUUAGGGGUUAAAAAAGUUUUGUUGACAUAAAAAAGCUGCAUAAAAGUUGAAAUUUUGUUAAAUCAAAAGAUCUGCAAAAGUUGCAAAAGAUGACCUUUUAGUUUGAAAAGGUUUAUAAAAGUAGAUCUAUCAAAAUCUGAAAGGUAUAAAAAAGUAGAUAUUUUUAAUAAAAAAAGUUACAGAAAAGAUCAAGUUUUGUAAAAUGAAAAGGUUAAAAAAGACAGUAUUUUUCUCCAAAAGAUGGAUAAGAUAUAGUAUUUUGAUGCAAAAAAGGUGUAUAAAAGUGGGCCAUUUGGAUAUCUUUUUUGGAUACAAAAGCUGAUCAAAAUUUGAUCUUUUGUACCUUUCAUAGAAAAAUUAAAGGCGCAUGAAAGGUGUCAAAAGGUGAAUGAAAUGUGGCCUUUUGUUUACCUUUUGGAUAUACAAAAGGUGGUUUUUCGUG